AUGCUCGCCGCCUCGACCUCGUACCCGUUCUUCGACCCGGCCGACUUUGCCUCGUCGCCCUCACCUUGGACCGUCUCGCCCGCGUCCAGCACGUCGUCCAUGACCUCGCAACACUGGGUCGACGCGCACGCGUCGCCGUACUCGUCGUGCGGCCACCUCGCCGCCGAGGCCUCGUCGUCGCAGACGAGCCUGUGGACCGCGUCGACCACGUCCGACGACGAGCAGCGCUGCCGCGACCUGCUCGACCAGCUCGAGGACGAGGUGAGCAAGCUCGGCGACCGCACAUCGCCCCUCAAGCUCAAGCCGACCCGCUCGGCCCCGUUCGCCCGCGAGCCAACGAGCGCAACCGCAGGUCCCUCGUCCUCUCGCAUGGUCGCCCGCGCCGUCGUCGCCUCUUCAUCGACCUCGACCCUGCGACCUUCCCACCCUCGCCGCUCGCGCCGCAUCUCGUUCACCAAGACGGACCUCGCCGACCUCGACAUCGACGCCAUCCUCGAGGCCUACUCGCACGACGGCACCCUCCCGCCGAUCGAGACGGCCGCACCGCCCGUUCGUCCCGCCCGGUCCCAGCUGCGCGCGGCCAAGUCGGCCGUCAGCCUGCGCACGCUCCGCACCGACAUCUUCCCGACCGAGCGCGCGUUCCCUCGCCCGCCGCAGGUGACGGCGCAGAACCUCGAGCUGCACCGCACCGCGACGGACCAGUCGGCGCGCUCGGCGCACUCGGCGACGAGCGGCGCGACGGCAACGGCCGCGCACGACGUGUUCCCGCACCGCCGUGUCGCGCCGUUCCCGACGAUGGAGCGCAAGAAGUCGAGCACGUCGAUGCGCAGCAUGGCGACCCGGCGCCCGAGCGCGGCCGACGCACCUCCUCUCCCGCCCCUGCCGGCCGCCCACUUCUCGGCCUCGUCCGAGCACGGCUCGCCGGCGCCCUCGAUCCGCUCGAACCGCACCUUUUCGUCGUUCGCGCGCCAGUCGACCUGCUCCAACACGUCGUCGCUCGCCUCGUUCGUGUCGACCCCGGCCUCGAGCCCGGCGAACCCGUCCUCGUCGUCGGCGCGCUCGCACGCCAUGCGCAGCACGCUCUCGCGCGACUCGCACUACUCGACGACGUCGUCGUCGGCCGCGUCGUCGUUCGAGGCCAACUCGUUCAGGUGGAGCGUCGCCACGUCAUCGACCGCGCCCUCGGACACCGACACGGCCUCGUCGUCGCGCCGCGGCUCGGGUCCGCCGCUCCCCGCCGGCGCCGCAGCGCUCUCGACCGGCAAAGGGCGCCGGUUCGCGGCAGGCGCGCCGCGAGAGCUCGACGAGCACGAGCACGCUCAGGCCCUCGAGCGCGAGCUCGAGGCCGACCUGCCUGCGUCGAGGCGACGCGUCGCUCUCGGUGCGCAGGCGCCGCACGACGACGACUCGGACGCCGAGAGGGACCACGGCGGCCUCAUCUCGUGGGAGGACUUUGCGAGCGAGCUCGAGGCCCUCGCGCCGCCGCCCACGGUCGCGCCGUCGCACGCUCGUCGCGCCGGUGCGGCCCCGCCCCAGCAGCAGCAGCAGUACGUCCAGGCGGCGAGCUCGGUCCCGGCGGCGGCGUCGCUCAAGUCUGGGAGGGAGGGCGGCAAGGCCUCGCGCAUGAGGAAAAUCAGCCUCGCGACUCUCAGGGCGAGGUAGAUGCGGGCGCCCGCGCACGAGCGGGCCACUUUGUUGUACAGCUCUCAUAUCUCGCAUGGAGCAACGUAUUCAUCCUUGACCG